GGACGGAAUUCCAAAAACAGUUAUCUGUAUAUAAAAACAUAUUCAUUUCAUAUUUGGGGCGAGCUCCUUGAGUUAUUUUUGUUAAACCUGAAUAGACUACCAACAACCAGGGCUGGAAACAACUUUGGCCAUCGAAGAACGCUCUCGCUGUACCUUAGAAUAAUUCUACCAUGGAUCAGCUGUUUAUUCGGGAGUUCGGUGUCGUGUAAAAAUUUCUUGCAAAAAAUAUUCCUAGAUAAACAUUAAACAAUUAAUUGAACAAUUAAGCGACAUUUUCUGCAAUUGUGGCAUUCGGGUCGUUUUGGUUCUUUUAGUUUUCUUUAAACUGUUUGCUUUGAACUCUGUCAAGGACACUUGCGUUUUUGUUCUAUCAAUUUACCAGCGAAGAAGAACCAACUAGAAAUGGAUAUACUCAAGAAAAUGUUCAAAUCGCAGGAGGAAAAGAAGCAGGAGGGUGCCGAUAUAUCCGCAUCGAACAAGGAUGAGUUCCGGAAGCCGCAGUGGUUCGAGGAGGCCGAAACGGACGAUGAGCUCUUCGACGAUGAUCGCAAGUUCGCAUUCCAAGUGUUCACCAGUCCACUGGAGAUGCAGAAGCACUUUGAGCGGCAGAUGCAGCGUCUACUCGAAUCGAUCGAUAACGAAGAUCAUGAGCAUGAUGAUAAUGAUGAUUUCUAUGAUGUCUUGAAGCCCGGUUUUGAAAGCUCGAUUCUUAAGAGAUUUGCUCGGCAACAUGGUCAAUCGCUGGACACGGAUUUGGACGGCGAGAUCUACGCCGAUCAGAUGCAGUCGCUCAUUCAACGUCUGAAUCCAAAGAAGGGAGAGGAGCCGGCCGACGAAGCCGUUGGCAACAUUUUGCCCUCCAAUCAGAGUCGCCUUCUAAAGAGCCUGAAGAAGGCAAAGCUGACGGAUGAGGAGAUCAUCAUGGGUCGCAUACAUGGCACUAUCACAGCCGAUGGCGAAGAGGUGCCACAGGCUCGUCCAUCACGUCCAUACAUCGGGAUGAAGCCGGAGAUCAGGACUCCGAUGACGCCUAUGUUGCCGCGCAGUGGAAUGACGCCAUUCGGCGGGGUAUUCGAUGGAAACUAUCAGGGUCCGAAGAUGUUUAGCCAAAGCGUGAUGACCCAGACGGUGCGCAAGCCGGAUGGCAGCUAUGAGACCACCAAGGUGGCCCAGGAUGCGACUGGGCACAAGACCACCACGGUGACUCGCAUGAAAGAUGGCCGCACGGAGACGGUGGUCACCCACGAUGGCAAGGCUGCCAAGGCCAAGCCGCAGAUGGGCUCUCUGGGCGAGCAGCAUGUGGCGUAUGCCGAUCGCAACCUGUUUGUGACAAAAGAAGGCUACGCCAUGCCACGGAACCUCUGGUGACCAGUGGUGAACAGCUAUUGCCCCAAUCAAGACAAGCGAUCUCUGCUGCAACGCCAGCAUCAGCAUCAGCAGCGUCAGCAGCAGCAGCAGCAACAGCAACAACAGUAUGCAGAUAAGCUAAAGCGAUUCGUCGGCAACAUAGUCCCACCACAUCCACACAACAUCCAAAUUAGAACCUACUAUAUUUUAGUUUACAUUCUCCUUAGUGUUUGGUGUUUUAGAUGAAACUCAGUUGAGACAACAGAUGACGACGAUUAUUGACCAUGAUUUUAUUAAGCAGCGACCGCACAGCGUCGUUGUGUAUUGUGAGCAUGCGCACCCCCAAUGCGCUCCACACACACACUUUCAGUUCCCAGAACAGAACGUUCCCUGGGCUGGCAGGGGGAGUUUGCACCCCCACACGCGGCUGAGAGAAGGAAUGCAGUGCAGUGGAGCAGCAGCUCUCGAUGAGAGAGUAGCAGGAGCAGGAGCAGGUGCAGGUGCAGGCUCGUGUUGAACGGUGUGAACGUGAUUUUCAGUUUGACAAGUCCAGCCAGGCUGAAGCCCGGUUCGGUCAGCGGGCUUCAGUCGCCCCAAAAAAAGAGAAACAAAAGUACGCUGGCCAAAUCAUCGCCAAAUUGCGGCAAUUUUUUAUUGUAUUAGUUAUUCGUGGUACUAUCUGUGUCUCAAUGGAGCGAGUGUCCAGCAGCAAGCAGCAUCUAAGGUGCCCGUAGUAUGCAACAAAAAGGCAUUCUGAAAGAACCAACCAACUGUACAACAUAUGUAUUACCGCUUACCAGGCAAACGAUUUACACACAAUCUAUCAUUGAUAUAUAAUUUAAUUGAUUUACUAGUUAUACAUAAAAAUUAUAUAUAGAAAGACACACAGCCCCCCACCCCCACCAAUCACCUGGUGAUUUGAUCUACAAAAACUGCAGCGCCAGUUUCGAGAGUUCAACUCACAGUUUAUUCAAUUUAACUCUGGAUUAUACUACCUAUAAUUUGUUUAUUUAUUAGUUGUACUAAUCUGUAACGUUUAAGUUGAGUUUAAUGAAAUCUAAUCUUUCAAAUGGCUAUAAUGCAUGCACGCAUUAGAAAUCAUUCAAAAUACAUGCAAAUAAAAUGUUGUGCAAUAUAA